AUGGCGUUCGGGAAAACGACGGGCGCGCGCGCGCGCGAAGGGGCGACAGGGACGCGGCGGACGACGCCGACGCGCGCGCGGCGCCGUGGACGCGCGCGCGCGGUGCGGGAGACGCUGGAGCUCGCGGGGGCGUUGGAUUCGGUGAACGUGGACCUGGCGCUGAGCGGCGCGGAGGAAAUCUUAGGGAAAGGGGCGUUCGCGGCGACCUCGUUCGCGGGCGCGGUGUUCGGGAGUAAGGCUAUUUUCACCGAGGACAAGCGCGCGGGGCGGGCGGAGCAGCUCGGGAUGUACGUCGCGAACGCGUCGCUGUUCGGCUCGCUCGCCGCGCGAUGGGUCGAGAGUGGACACUUUCCGCUGAGUAAUAUGUACGAGUCGCUGUUGUUCUUGGCGUGGGGGAUCACCGCGGUGCACCUGGUGGUGACGGAGCGGGACGGGUUCUCGAAGAGCGCCAUUCCGGGGGCGCUCGCGGCGCCCACGGCGGCGCUCACGGUGGCGGGGGCGACUUUGGCGCUCCCAACCGAGCUUCAACGCGCCACUGCGCUCGUCCCGGCGCUCAAGAGCAACUGGUUGAUGAUGCACGUGAGCGUCAUGAUGCUGAGCUACGCGACGCUGCUCGUCGGCUCGCUCUCGUGCGUGUCCUAUUUAGUCGUGGACGCAUCGCAGGACUGGGCGAUGGCCAAGGGUGCGCUCGAGAAACUCGACGACAUGGUGAGCGACGGUGGUGAGCGAGCGAGGAACAGACCCAAGGUGAGCGUCAACGCGGACGGCGAGACGGUGGCCGUCGACGCCGCGGCGUCGACGACGAACGGCGAGAUCAUCGUCGACGCCUCGAGAGGCGGCGAACGUAUUCUCACGGAGAUGGAUAACUUGGCCUACAGAUGCCUCGGCGCCGGCUUCGCUCUGCUCACCGCCGGUUUAGUCUCCGGCGCCGUGUGGGCCAACGAGGCGUGGGGGUCGUACUGGUCCUGGGAUCCCAAGGAGACGUGGGCGCUCAUAACUUGGCUCGUGUACGCGACGUAUCUCCACUCCCGCCUCGUCGCUGGAUGGAGCAAGAAAGAUUCCUGCGCCGUCGGUGCCGCCGGCUUCCUCGUCGUCUGGGUGUGUUACGUCGGCGUCAACCUCUGGGGCGUCGGUCUCCACUCGUACGGAUGGUUCGCCAACAAGUAA